GAGGUUGAUGACAAGUAGACUGAGUUUUCCAUGCAGAGAUCCUGGGCCGAGUUUUAGGUCUUCUUGGUGAUCACAUUGUUUCUCCGUGUGGAGUCGGAGGUGCGUGGGAUCGAGCGGGCCCUGGCGCCGAGUGGUUGGCCUCGCCUCCCCCGCCCCGGUGUGCGGUGGUUCACUCCGCGCACUUCCCCGUUUGGGGCAGUUCUGCCCGGCGCGCAGAAGUCGGGUGCGGGGCGCGGGGUGGGCGCGGCCGGCCCUGUCCCUGACCCGGCCCGCGACCGCCGACCUCCCGCGCGCCCCGCCCUCGGCUCGCUGGGCCACCAGGCUCCGUGCCGCGCCCCGAGGUCGGUCUCUUCGUUCUCCCUCUGGCCGGCCGCCGGGCGGGCGGGCAGGCGCCGGAGACCCCGCGGGGCUGCAACUUGGCAAGCGGGUACUGAGGGCCAGGCUGCGUCCUCCUCGCCAUGUCCUCGGCCCGCGACGCCAGCGGCCGCUUCCCUCUGCACCUCCUGGUCUGGAACAACGACUACCGGCAGCUGGAGAAAGAGCUGCGGGGCCAGGAACAGCAGCACAGAAAGACUCAAGUUCAUCCAGAUAAAGAGGAUAAGCCCAGGUCCCUGAGUUUGUAAUGUGGAGGCUCUGGAUCCACGAGGCCGAACCUUGUUGCAUCUUGCUGUGUCUUUGGGGCAUUUGGAAUCUGCUAGAGUCUUGCUCCGACACAAAGCAGAUGUUACAAAAGAAAAUCGUGAGGGAUGGACAGUUUUACAUGAGGCUGUGAGCACUGGUGAUCCUGAGAUGGUGUACACUGUUCUUCAACAUCGGGACUUCCACAACGCAUCCAUGGCCCUCGAUGGAGUUCCUGAGCUACUCCAGAAAAUUCUCGAGGCUCCGGAUUUCUAUGUGCAGAUGAAAUGGGAAUUCACCAGCUGGGUGCCCUUGGUUUCCAGAAUAUGCCCAAAUGAUGUCUGUCGUAUUUGGAAAAGUGGUGCCAAACUGCGUGUUGAUGUCACAUUGCUGGGAUUUGAGAACAUGAGCUGGAUAAGAGGGAGGCGUAGUUUUAUAUUCAAGGGAGAAGACACCUGGGCGGAGUUGAUGGAAGUCAACCAUGAUGACAGAGUGGUCACCACAGAACACUUUGACCUUUCCCAAGAAAUGGAGCGCCUCACUCUGGACUUGAUGAAGCCAAAAGGCAGGGAUAUUGAGAGGCGGCUCACAAGCCCAGUCAUUAACACCAGCCUUGAUACUAAAAAUAUUGCUUUUGAAAGAACUAAAUCCGGAUUCUGGGGCUGGAGGACAGAUAAAGCAGAAGUUGUUAAUGGUUACGAAGCAAAGGUUUACACAGUAAACAAUGUGAGUGUGAUAACCAAAAUACGGACAGAACAUCUGACUGAGGAAGAGAAAAAGAGAUACAAAGCGGACAGGAACCCACUGGAAUCUUUGCUGGGAACUGUGGAACACCAGUUUGGUGCUCAAGGGGACCUCACCACAGAAUGUGCCACUGCCAACAACCCCACAGCCAUCACGCCUGAUGAGUACUUUAAUGAAGAGUUUGAUCUGAAAGACAGGGACAUCGGAAGGCCAAAGGAGCUGAUGAUUAGAACACAAAAGUUUAAAGCAACGCUGUGGAUGUGUGAGGAGUUUCCCCUCUCUCUCGUGGAACAGGUCAUUCCCAUCAUUGAUCUAAUGGCCCCAACUAGUGCUCAUUUUGCAAGACUGAGAGAUUUCAUCAAACUGGAAUUCCCACCUGGAUUUCCCAUCAAAAUAGAAAUUCCCUUGUUUCAUGUCUUAAAUGCACGGAUUACGUUUGGAAAUGUUAAUGGCUGUAGCACUGCUGAAGAAACUGUAUCUCAAAAUGUGGAAGGGACCCAGGCUGAUUCAGCUUCCCCUGUCACAGAUUUUGAGGUAGAUCAGUCUGUGUUUGAAAUUCCUGAAUCUUACCACGUUCAAGACAACGGCAGAAACAUGCACUUGCAAGAUGAAGAUUACGAGAUAAUGCAGUUUGCCAUCCAGCAGAGCCUGCUGGAGUCCGGCAGCAGCCAGGAACUUUCAGGACCAGCUCCAAAUGGGGGAAUCAGCCACACACACACCUAUGAUGCCCAGUACGAGAGGGCCAUCCAGGAGAGCCUUCUCACCAGCUCGGAGACCCUGUGCCCUGGUGCUGCCAGUGAGAUGAACCGUUUUGAUAGCGACUUGCAGCUGGCCAUGGAGCUCUCAGCCAAGGAGCUGGAGGAACGGGAGCUCCAGCUCCGGGAGGAGGAGGCGGAGCUCCAGCAAGUCUUACAGUUAUCGCUCACUGAGAAAUAGACCCCUGCCCAUGGGCUGCAUGCCAGCACGGUGUCACCAGUGCCCCGGGGCCGAGGGACUGCACUUCGCAUGUACGCAGCAGAUGCAGCUGCCCCCGUCUUCGUGCCCAAGUGCAGAACCAGGGACUCCAGGCCCAUCCAUCGUGCUCCCUGGUGGCAGGGCUGGGGACUGGCAGGCCCCAUCUCCAGGCUAAGGGGAGGGGAGCAUCAUCACUUUCCAUUAGGUAUAUUGGCUUGCAGGUCACAUUUUUACUACCAGCUUUAGACAAAAACCCCAAACCCUGCAGGUUUGUAGAUUAAUUUUUAUCAAGGAGUGAUAACAAAACAAGUUAUUGCAGAGUCAGGGUGCUUUUAUAUAUGAGAGCAGCAGCCUUUUUAGAGUGUGGUUCCUGAGAAUCUAUGACACUUCUUUACAGCUCACCAAAGAAAUGGAUGAUCCACGUCACCUACUCCUUCAUUUUUACCUUUACCCAGGGUUUCUAGGACAGUUACCACUAGUCCUCCUUCUCUACCUUGAUCCUUUCCCUCCACCCCCAGCUAAAGUUAAAGAGGAGAGAUGUACAGGAUCUAUUUUACAUUAGGGUUAACUAUUUGCAUCAAAUUAAGAUAUACAAAUGACCACAGAUGUUGCCUUAGCCUUAAAAAUGACUAAUAGUUUCAAACCACCUCACUCCGCUUUUUGAGGGAUCUGAUUUGAAUGUGUAAAGGCAGUUCCUUUGAGAGCAGGACCCUCCAGGCUAAAUUCAAGGCAGCUAAUCCCGGCCCUGAAGGAGCAGCUAGGAGAACCUGAGGCUUGUUCUCAAAGCAGCAGGCAGGCUGGCCAAAAAUACCAAACAGCAUAGAACCAAACCAAGUUGUGUGUUCCAUGCCUUCUCUGGUGAAAUAUUUCCAUGCAGAAGCCUGGGAAGACCCCACUGCAUGCCCUAGGCUCACUUGAGAGGAAAGAGUAGACUUGAAAUUAGAAAGGGAGCUACAAGCAGAACUCAGUAGCUCUGUAAUUAAAAGGGAAAAAUGAUUCCUCAUUGCUUUUUAGAGUUCAGAUCAACAUCUUUCUGGAUAAAUAUAUUUUUUAACAGAAUCUUUUUAUUAUUUUUAAAAGAUAAAAAUGACCACUCCCAUCAGUAGCAAUAUAAGGUUAUGAUACACAUUUUAACCAGAUUUUCUCAGGCCUUUUUUGGAUACCUUUAGUAGUUAACUAUUUUAUCCAAUCCUUCUGUAAAUAGCCAUUGCACAACAUAUGGAACCCUGGGGAACACAGCCUGAGGGUCCCUCACUCCAGCCGUGUGUCCUUCCCCACAGGCUGCACUGAAAUAACCUGGUAAACAAUAUUCUCUGUUUUGCAUCUGUUUGCUAUCUGUUGAGCUCCUUUAGGGAUGGGAAGAAAAAUAAAUUAGCAUACAGUCAGUGUUGCCAGUAAAAUUGCUCCUAGUCAAGGAAUUGUGCUUGAUUCCAUAUAAUCAUCUGCCUUUUCUCGUCAUGGUCUGACCAAAAUUCCUUCUCUGCACACAGGCCAGUGUACACAGCAUCACGUUUGUUUCAGAUACAUAGCUUGGCAUUGUUUACUCAGUGUUUACCUUAAGUAAAGACACUUGAGAAUUUGGGAAUGGUGGCAGUUAGGCCACAUUGUUUACCAGUGAGAAUCAUAGGUGAUUUAUGUUUUUGUAUUCUAUUGUUCUGCUUCCCAAUGUCUUUGACUUUCUUCCCAGGAAGUCAGUUAAAAAGGGACUGAGCAUUAUGUCAGCCUGUCUGAGCAUUUUUCAUGUGUUCAUUCCCUCAAAAUGCAAAUAAAGAUUGCUUCCUUAGAGGGUAGGGUGCUCAUACAA